CCUUCUAAAAUUACCGAUGUUGCUGCACAAGAAGAAACAGCAGAAAUUCCGGUGCCGGCACAUAUCGCAUUGUGGAGGAGCAGGAGAGAAUUUGGAAAACACAAUGACUGCAUUUAGACAUGCAGUCAACCGUGGGACAGAUAUGUUGGAAUUGGACUGUCACCUGACAAAGGAUGAGCAUGUGGUCGUAUCUCAUGAUGAGAACCUAUAUAGAGCAACAGGGGUCAACAUCAUCUCUGAUGUUAAGUACUCUGAGCUUCCACCAUACCUUUGCAAGUUGAAUGUCACUUUUGAAAAAGAAUGCUGCUGUGAAGGAGGUGAUGACAAAUGGAUUCCACUGUUGAAGGAGGUCUUUAAGGCAUUUCCAACCACACCUGCAAAUAUUGACAUCAAGGCCAACAAUGACAGACUGGUUUCCAAGGUUUCAGAGUUAGUAAAAAAGUACAACCGAGAACAUCUCAUAGUCUGGGGCAAUGCAGAUCGUGAAGUAAUAAAAAAGUGUAUCAGAGAGAACAAAAAUAUUCCUGUGUUGUUUUGUCUGCAACGUGUCCUUUUCCUUGUUGGGUUGUUUUACACAGGCCUUUUACCAUUUGUCCCUCAACAUGAACAGUUUCUUGAAAUUCCAAUGCCUUCAAUCAUAAUGAAGCUUAAAGAUCCAGAGAAACUUCCCGGAAGUCAGAAAUUUGUUAUAUGGCUCGCUGAUACUUUGCUGAUGAGGAAGUCAUUGACCACCUGACAGCACGAGGGAUCCAGGUUUAUGUAUGGGUCCUGAAUGAGGAGAAAGAAUUUCAAAGAACAUUUAGUUUGGGAGCAACUGGCGUUAUGACAGAUUAUCCCACAAAGCUGAAGAUGUUUUUAGACAAAUAUUAAUCCUGACUGAAUCAAUGAAAGUAUUUAAAGCAUUUGGUAAGCGUUGGCAUUACAUUACAGAACCCCAUAAUGG